CUGAAAAGUGUGCCUCAGUUUCCUGAGGUGACGCCACAAUUUCGCUCCAGGUUGUUCACGUACGUGUUUUGGGCUACUUCUAGUAGUGUAAUUCUAGUAGUGUGACUUUUCCCCCGCCGCGGAAAAGUAUCCACACCCACGACUCCAGUUCGUUGUACAUGUACAUGUACUGAUUUAGACUUACUAACAACUUAAUCCAUAACUACUAUCGUUCGAUCUCCACCACCAAUCUAUGACAUCUCCAGUUUCGCACACCCUAUUUGUUCCCGCCUUCUCGUCAUGGAUCCUCCCGUACCCCGUCGGCCGACCACCGCGACGAGGGCCACUCGUAUUCCCAUCCACAACACGAAUGGUGAGGACAGACAGAAAGAGAGUGUCGCGGGCUUCUUGCCUGCGACUGGCACAACUUUCCCGGCGACAAGUACGAAUGCACCCUCUGCUAUAUUUUCCUCCUCCUCUACGUCUACCUCGACCGGUGCUAUUUCAUCCAGCAGCGCAAUCUCGUCUUCCAUCCAAACGACGGCCACCUACGGAACUUUGCGCCACCGCUUCCAUCAACCGGGGAGGCAGAGGGGAAGCAAUUUUGAACCAGGAGGCCGAAAUGCAGGAGCGGGUAAUAUCGCCACCACCGCGGCGCACCACAUAUUCAAAAGUCUCGGGAGCAACGACGAGGAGGUGCUGGGAGCCUGUUAUGGCGAGGGAGAGUAUUCGUGUUUGUUUUUCUGCUUCUCUUGGAAUGUUAGAAGUGUGUUGCUUAAUAUUUCAUGCUGCAACUACAAGAGCGUCAGCGUUUUCGUUUACUAGUCGACCACCACCCUCGUCUGUUGCAGGAAAACAAGUUUCUUUAACGCUAUCACAGGUGGCGGCACGCGACCGACCUGUACUACUACAUUUCGCAGACCGUGAUCUGGACCUUUGUGAUCGACUUCUACGUCUUCAUGGUCCUAGUGCGCUACUACCUCUACUCCUUCGUCUCUUCGAUCUCUCUACCAAAACUCUCUUCUCUCUUUGGUUUUUGGCCGUUUGUGUCUACUUCGACGACGGUAGUUUCAUCAUCGACCACAAUGUCCUCUUCCACCACAACAACCCCUUCCCCAAACCCUUCCUGCGACGGCGACGACUACCUGGCAACGUGGUUGAAAAUAGGGCUCAUCGGGUCCCUCCCCACCACCAUAUCCUGUGCAAAAGUAUCGUACUCGUAUAAAUGCAUUACAAAUUUCCUCAGCAUGAGAAAAAUUUGUAAUGCAGAUUUCCCUUGGAAACAAGAUUUGUAAUGCAAGAGUUGCAUUUGUACGAGUACGAUACUUUUGCACAGGAUACACCAUCCUGGUCGACAACAUCGUGCGGAAAACCACUUUCCGCACUGCUUUCGUCUGGGAAUGUUUUUUCACCAUGUGCGGAAUCGUCUGGUACUGCACCGGGAUGGCGCUUGUUUUUUCCUACGCGCCGCUAUCAAAUGCAAAAAUGUCUGGGUCUGGAAGAUUCCGAGACUCAUUUGUCAUGCAGUUUUUCCAAGGUCCCUGAGCUCUGGAAUGCGGGGCCUAGCAUCACAGGUUCUGCAGCCCCUUCGUGAUGCCUAUACUGCAUGAGAAAUGCCCUCUCAGCAUGGCCAGAAGUGAGUACCUUUUGCCAGUCAUGCAACACACAUGUUUUUUGUGCCGUACGAUCCGCAACUCGCAUCACAAAUUGGAAUCCUUCCAGACCCAGACACUUUUGCAAUGCAUAGCCGCCGGACGACGACGAAAGUUACGCUGCGUCGUUCAGAUUCGGAGCAAAUGGAGCCGGGCACCUGGUAGAUAGUGGAUCCACUUCAGCAGGACAAAUGGCACAAGAUCUUUCACCUGACCUCCCACAGGACCUUUGCCAAAGCAUGCUCUGGACCACUGCGAUGGGCGUCACGGCGCUGCACGCGACGUCCUUCACACUCUUCACCACUUUUAGCCUCGCAACAACGUUACUACCGUCGCUGUUGAAGCUGUUGCUGCGGGUGCUGUUUCUCGGGCCAGGAGAGAAGAAGAGUAAGAAGGGCAAAGAGGAGCAGGAACUGGCUGACGAAGUGGAUGUAGAUGAGUUGGUCGACCAAGAUGAAGAACUAGUACAUCAGCGCACUUUACAGCAUGACACCGCAGGGGGCGGAGGCGAGAACGGUGAAGGCGCCGCAGAGAGACACUUCCAAGAGAAACAUAGACGAAAUUAUAGUAGACCCGGAGCGGCGAGGGGGCCGAGUGCAGCUCUUGUUGACAGAAAAACCCUUCUGAGGAGACCACCGCCGGGGAAAACUACACAUGAAGUUGGAAUUACUGGAUCUCGAUCUCGAAUCGGGGGAACAAUAGCGACGCCGACGCCGGAUCAGCACGCUCAUCACCCAAAAAUCGGCUCACGUCCACCGACCGGACCCAUAAAGCAGCCACAGCUAAGGCCGAGAACCGCGGAUGAUGGGCUGUUUGGCGAUCAGACUGUGCUGUUUGGCGAUCAGACAGGAGCAACAUCUUCCGGAAAGAUCAUGUCACCAGGGGAGCAAGGCAGCACGAUGACUGAUGAAACAAUGGCGUCUACUACGCAGCAGUCCACUAGGGUAGGGUCGUCCGUCGGGACGACCACCGGUUCUGGACGUACACCUUCUGAUCCGCCGUCUUCAGGCCACCAAAGAGUAUCUCUCAAUGGGCAGCAACCAUUUGGAUUUGUUACCGUGUCGAGUAGUUCCUCCAGAAUAACGCCGGAUUUGCCACGGAGGCUGUUUGUUACCGCACAGGAGGAUCGGGUUUGAAGUAGCAGUAGUACGACAUAGAAAUGAGGAUGAGACUCAGACGGCCACUCGGCCCAAGAGGACGUGGACGCCGGCGCUGCAGUUGCAUAAUUCAUCAACACGACCUUUUUUUCUUUCUCCGUCCUCUCGCACUUUCUCUCACUCCGGAAGUUAGAAAAAUGUCUACAUGGUCGACGACCAUGUCAAUGUGCAUAGAAAUAGAACCUCUUUUUUUGUUUCAGCAUUUCAUUUUAACUUUUCACGUUUCAAACGAACCAUUUUCGUGCUCUGGUGACAAAACAAACACUUAUACAAAAAUGAACAAUCUUGCUGGUCAUCAACAGAGGAUGCUUUGCGUUUCUGCGUUCCCACUCUGAAACAACGUUAAUCUUCGACAUAGGCGGUGUACAAGCUUCUGCAUGCGUGAGAGCUGCCACACAGGGACUCCCAAAGAAGCAGGACGAUACUUUUUACGUUCCGGGUCUUCCCUCGGUGCUGUCAACA